UUUAUGAAUAUUAAACAAGUGGAGCAACAAAUAUAACUUCAUGUUAUCUGUAUUCCAACUUAAAUUUAUUUUGUUUAUCAAUCAAAUUCAGACACAGUUGAGCAACGUGGUUCACUGCAUAGAUGUAUCUUUUCCCACUUGUUGUUCCCUUUUGACGUAAGAUGGAUUUAAUAUAAACAACUAUUGUAGACAACUUUACUAUUUGAAAGAACAAAGAAUAAAGAGAAUAGCAUCUUUACUUGUUUUUUAGAAGGAAAAAAGCAAGUUUGUAUCAGUGGAAAAAGUGUAUAGUGAGAAUAGUUUCUUGAAUUUCAUCACAUUUUUGGAGUGUUUUGUUGUGGGGUAGCAAUAGCAUAGCACUACACUGAUAAUAAUGUGAGUGUGUUAGUGAGUGAAUAGUGAAAGAUUAAGAAAGGUAAAGUUUGAUUUGAAGAAGGAAAAGGUAAGAAGAUGGGAAUAGAGGAGUUGGAUUAUGUGAUGGUGCCUGUUGGUAUCAUGGUGUUGUUAAUGUAUCAUGUUUGGCUUCUCUAUGCUAUAAUCCGCCAGCCAUCUAGCACUGUUAUUGGUUUGAAUGCUCAGACUCGUCACCAAUGGAUUCUUUUCAUGAUGUCUGAUCCAUUGAAAAAUGGUGUUUUGGCGGUUCAAACGAUUCGCAACAAUAUAAUGGCAUCAACUCUUCUAGCUACAACAGCAAUCACACUAAGUUCUCUCAUUGGAGUUUUUGCAAGCAAUAUUUCAGAAACCAACCUAGUUUAUGGCAACAAAACAUCCCUAAACUCAUCGAUAAAACGGCUUUCAAUCUCACUAUGUUUCCUCGUCGCGUUUCUAUGUAAUAUGCAAUCCAUAAGAUACUAUGCACAUGUGAGUUUCUUAAUCACUACACCUACAAUCAAUGGGAAAAAGGACUUCAUUGAAUACGUAGCGAGAACAUUGAACCGCGGAAGUUAUUCGUGGUCUCUUGGUUUAAGGGCUUUCUACUUGUCAAUACCUCUUGUCCUAUGGAUUUAUGGUCCUAUACCUAUGUUUAUUUGUUCUUGCUUCACAUCAUUUCUUUUGUACUUUUUGGAUACAACUACUCAGAUCACAAGAGAUCUUCACAAUAGGUCGUUUAGAGAGAAGGAAAGUAGUACUACUCAGGAAGUGGAUGCAGCAGCAUAGUUCCAUGUUUAGAUAUCUAAUAACUGUUAUUCAACUUGAUAGUAAUUUUCAUCUGUAUUGUUAAAAUUAUGAUACUGCGAAGGAAGUGUUAAAUGUGUUUGAACACCUUCUUCGUCGUAUAAGUUAGCAUUUUGGAAUUUAGAUUCAAAGAUAUUUAAGAUUUGCAAUAGCUUGGUAUGAAAAUUGGAUUUUGCAGCCAAUACUAUACUGAAGUUGUAUGCUCUGACACCCUCAUUCCUUUAUAUAUUUAUUGACAGUACACUAUUGUAUGAUGUAUAUUGAUAACAUGCCUUAUAUAUUGGGUGUGUUUUUCUUAAAUGAUACUAGCGAUCGUAAA